CAGCUCAUCUCUGAAUUAACUCUUUUCUUUUAUUUAAUGCACUAACAAAAUAUUUGGAUUUGUAUAAAGAAAGAAACUUUAUAUUAUUAAAGUAAUACUAAAAGAUACCAACUUGGAUUGGAUCUAAUUUUAAUCUUAACCUAAUCCCACUGAAACAGAUCAUCCUUACAUCAAACCCAGAUCCACAAAUUGUUUUCAAAAGCUGUUUUCUGUUUUCUAUAGAGCUCUGCAAGUCUUAAAUUAACUCUUUAUUUGUUGGUUCUAUAUUUGGAAAGCCUAUUUUUUGGUAAGUUUUUAUUUAUGGAAAGUUCAAGAGGAAGGAGAGUGGAUAAAAGAGGUUAUGAGCAGAGUGUUGAAGAUGAAAACGGCCAUUUGCCUGAUCCUAAGAAGCCAAAGAUGCCUGCUUUAGCCAGUGUUAUUGUGGAAGCUUUAAAGGUUGAUAGUUUGCAAAGGCUUUGCUCAACUUUGGAACCUUUGUUCCGCAGAAUUGUUAGUGAAGAGGUGGAACGCGCUUUAACGAGAAUGGACCAUGCUCAGUUAACUGCAAGCAGAUCACCGCCAAAGCUACAAGGUCCAGAGGGGAAAAAUCUACAGCUUCAUUUCAAAACAAGGAUGCCGCCUCACUUGUUCACGGGCGGGAAGGUUGAGGGGGAACAAGGAGCAGCUAUCCAUAUUGUCCUGAUAGAUGCAAGCACAGGCACUGUUGUGCAAGCUGGACCGGAAUCAGGAGCCAAACUAAAUGUAGUGGUUCUUGAGGGUGACUUCAAUGAGGAAGCUGAGGAAGAUUGGACCCUCGAACACUUUGAAAGUCAUGAAGUAAAGGAGCGAGAAGGGAAAAGGCCUCUACUGACGGGGGAUCUGCAGGUGACUCUCAAGGAAGGGGUAGGAACUCUUGGUGAUCUUAUUUUCACAGAUAAUUCUAGCUGGAUAAGGAGCAGAAAGUUCAGGCUCGGUGCGAAGGUUGCUUCUGGGAUGUACGAAGGUAUUCGUGUUCGUGAAGGAAAAACGGAGGCAUUUGCUGUUAAAGAUCACAGGGGAGAAUUAUACAAGAAGCACUAUCCGCCUGCUUUAAAUGAUGAAGUUUGGAGAUUGGACAGAAUAGCCAAGGAUGGAGCUCUGCACAAAAAACUGGUGAAGGCUCAAAUUGCAACAGUCGAAGAUUUUCUUCGGCUCCUUGUCAGGGAUCCACAGAAAUUGAGAAGUAUCCUCGGAAGUGGAAUGUCCAAUAGGAUGUGGGAGAAUACUAUGGAGCAUGCUAAGACCUGCGUCUUGGGAGGAAAGCUUUAUGUUUAUUACACAGAUGCGGUUCAUAGCACAGGCGUCGUUUUUAACAACAUUUAUGAACUCAGAGGCCUUAUUACGGAAGGACAAUUUCUCCCUUUGGAAUCUCUUACUCAUGGUCAAAAGGUUUCAGUGGAUUCUCUAGUGAAGCGAGCAUAUGAAAAUUGGCAUCAGGUCAUAGAGUACGACGGCAAAGUUCUGAACUCCCUAAGUAGUACUAACAAUGGAAAAAGAGCUUUGGUGGCACCUACGAUAGACAACUUUGAGACAAAUCACUAUAUUACUUCUAACCAAAAUAGGCAGCACCACUAUAUCUCUUCAGAACCAGGUCCGGAAAGCCAAGCUGUAAAUAACCAUCCAUCAGUUCCUCAGUUGAUUGAAUUUCCUUUUGUGAGAUCGGAUAAUAGUGCAAUCAUGACAUUGAAUAAUCCACAAGCAGAAUUCGCUGGCGUAAUGGAUCACAUGUCAGUUGGAACUCCUGGAGUUGGGGGUGCUUAUUAUUCAGGAGACUGGACUCGACCAAGAAAUGGGCAAGGAAUGGAAGAUUUCUUUGCGGAAGAAAUUCGUGUUAGGAGUUCAGAGAUGUUAGAGGGUGAUGAUAUGCAAAGACUGUUAAAAUCAUUUGGUAUGGGAAGUGGUUUUGGUCAUUCUGAUGAAGCGUGUUAUUCUUACAGCAUUCAAGGGUAUGAACCUCAGAUGGAUCACUCAUUCACUCAGGAACGCGGUAGGGGAUCAGGGAAGGCUGUCGUUGGGUGGCUUAAGUUGAAAGCAGCGUUACGGUGGGGGAUAUUUAUAAGGAAAAAAGCUGCAGAGAGAAGAGCUCAAUUAGUUGAGCUUGACUGAAGCUAAUUUGACAUAAAAUUCUUUGUUUUAACUGUUGAGAAGACAAAAGGUGAAUAUUUAAAUUUAUGUUAGAUGAAACUGAUAAAUGAUGUACAACUCCAGUUUUUUCUUGUAUUUGCCUACAUUUCCUCGUAGGCCAAAGAAAACAAAGGUGAAGAACAAUGAAUUACAAUGACAAAAAAAGUUUGUUGGCCAUUGUAAA